AUUCUUCCCGCGCUCCAUUUCCAGUUUAGAGAGUAGCGACCGAGAGUGAUGUGCGGCAGAGCUCGGUGUACUAUCAGAGCCGAUGGCAUACCUGGAUCCUGUAUCCGCAAUGGUCGUUCCGUCCGCUCCGUUGACAUGGACAGGUAUCGACCUUCAUAUAAUGUUUCUCCUGGUUCGAAUAUGCCUGUGAUCCGGAGAGGAGAUACCGGCGAUGAAGUGGUACUUCAUUGCAUGAAAUGGGGGCUUAUUCCCAGCUUCACAAAGAAAACGGAGAAACCUGAUCACUAUAAGAUGUUUAAUGCACGCUCCGAGUCAGUAUGUGAGAAACCAUCAUUCCGGCGUCUUGUUCCUAACAAUCGAUGUCUUGUGGUUGUGGAAGGAUUUUAUGAGUGGAAAAAGGAUGGAUCGAAAAAGCAGCCAUACUAUAUUCAUUUCAAGAGCAGCCAACCACUAGUGUUUGCUGCACUUUACGAUUAUUGGAAAAAUUCUGAAGGAGAAGCUCUUUACACUUUCACAAUAUUAACUACUUCCUCAUCAUCUGCUUUAAGGUGGCUGCAUGAUAGGAUGCCUGUCAUCUUGGGUGAUGAGAAGGCAAUUGAUGCCUGGCUAGAUGGUUCCACAUCUAAAUUUGAUGAUGUACUUAAACCAUAUGAAGAACCAGAACUGGUAUGGUACCCAGUAACUGCUGCAAUGGGCAAGCCUUCUUUCAAUGGACCAGAAUGUAUCCAAGAGGUGAAGUUGAAGACUGAGGAAACCAGACCAAUCUCAAAGUUCUUUACAAAGAGAGAACCAGACAAUAAAAAGUCAAAUACAGAAAUUGGAGAAUCGGUUAAACAUCUGGCUGAAACUUAUCAACCAAAACAGUUGAAAGAGGAACCUGAAAAUGAAGAUGAACCUGAAAAUGAAGAUGAACCUGAUGGCGUUGACAGUAAGGAAACUAAAGAGCCCAAUACCAAGAAAGAAAGUGCUGACCAUGAAAAUGAUGACAAUAAACAAACCCAUCAACCACACAUCUCAAAAGAAGAAUCAGACAUUCAACCAUGUUUGGCAAUAAAAGAACCAGCAGCAUCUGAAGAACACCACAUCAAGAAGGAAUGUGAUAUUGAACAUCAAACAGUUAAUCCCAUUCUGUCUGAGAAAUCCAUUUUAGGAUCACCAGUUGUUAAAAGAGCAUAUGAAAUCUCUACAAAAUCCAAGCAACCAGUGAAGAAAAAGGCUAGAGAUGAUAAGCAGCAGCAGCAGCAACUAACUCUGUUUUCUUAUUUUGGUAAACGCUAGUAGAAGAAUUAAUUAGCUAACCAGUUAAAUGUUAAUGGUGGUUGUUUUGGCUAUAUAACUUAUGAUCAACAAAAUAAACAAAAUAUUAUCAUCUUCAACAUGAGUAGCAGCCACAUGGAAUUGUCAAACUCAACAAACUAAGGAAUUCAAAAAGAAAGAAGUUUAAAAAAGAAAAGAAAAGAAAAGGGAUGAAUAAUAAUAACAAUAAAUCUCUCUGCUUUAAACCGAUCCCCUGCUGCUAUUGAGUAUGGAACCGAAAGUACCCAAGAGUGCGAAAGCGAGAAGGGGGCUAACAUCUAGCGUGUCGAAUAUAGGCGGGAUGAUAUUACGGAAUAGAUUCAGAUACGGAUCACACAAGUCACGUAUAGCAGAUAAGGGUUGUCUAUCCCACGGAAUAUUGGGGAACCAACUGAGCAAAACCCUCACCAUCAACACCCCACUGUAUAUAUCCAGCCACUUUGCCAUUCCUGCCGCGACCACCGUCAGCGGCGUAUUUAUCCCUACGCUAGAUUGAUUCCUUAUCGCCGCGAAGAAGAGAGGUCCGACUGCGCAUACAACGUUUCUUUGGAGGUUCUUAAUUGCGUCUAGCUCGUCGGUUGUAGGGAUGAUACAGACGCUCUUGAAUUGGUUGCUGAUUCUAGAUGCGAUAAUCCUCGACGCAGAUACGGCGAGUGCGAAUAUGGCGGCGAUUGUGCGAGUUGAACUGGCAACCACUGACGGAGAAGUCGGGAGGUUAUAUUCUGGUGGGAGAAGUGUAGGAGGAGA